GUCAAAGUCAACCCAAACCUGAAAUGGAUGUUCGAAGGUCGACCUCAAAUUUGAGCAGUGAUAAUUUGAAUAACUUUUGUGUUUUUAUAAUUACUUAUAGCAAAUAUAGAAAUUUCACGCAUCGCUUUUGGUAGGAAAGCAGUUUUUUUCCACUCUCCGCAAUUGAUUUUCCCGCAAGCGAGGUGACUCAUAGCGUUGAAGGAAAGUUAGUGUUGCACACGUGAGAACGUUUUUUGAGGUUCAUUUAGAAAUAGAAUUCGCAAUAUGGCAUCUUGGGACGACGAGAAUUUCGAGCCGGUUUCUCGAGCAUCUGCCCCAGUGGUAGUACCUAAUAAGUGGGAGGGCGAGGAUGAAGACGACGAUGUUAAAGAAAGUUGGGAGGACGAAGACGAAGAGAAGAAAGAGGAGGCUAAAUCCGAAGUUGAAGUUAAGAAGCCCAAAAAGAAGAAUUUAGCGGAAAAGUUAGCUGAAAAAGAGAGGUUGAAAAAGGAAGAACUGGAGAGGAAGCGCAAGGAAGAAGUCGAGGAAGAAAUUUCGCCCGAGGAGAGGCUUCGCUUGCAAAAGGAAUCCGAUCUACAAAUAGCAUUGGCCACGACAUUCGGCGAUAGCAAAACUAAUAAAGAUGGCGGCAUUCUUUUUAGCGAUCUUUCUCUACCUAACACUAAAGAAGAUUUUGACGUGUUCGCUGAGGAAUUAUCGAGGAAAUUAGUUGGGCUAUCCAAAAACGUAGAAUACCCGAAUUUCGUUGAAAACUUAUCGAGAAGUCUAUGUGCCACAAUGUCUUCUUUGGAUAUUAAGAAAGUAAAAAAUUCGUUAGAUAAUUUAUUUUUGGAAAAGCAGAAAAUCGAAAAGGGAGAUAAGUCGAAAAAGAACAAGGGCAAAGGCAAGGCGAAAUUGCACGUUGAAGGAGAUAACCAACUUUCACAACUCUCUGCUUAUGUUAAUGAUUUCGACGAAUACGACGACUUUAUGUAGCAACAGAAACUUCGGAUAUUGGAUUAUUGUAUUUUAAUAUUUUUAUCUAAGUUAUUCAAAUUGUUAAAAUAAAUUUCUAAUUGAGAAAUGUAUUAAAUCAAACAUGCAAUAUAUUUCCAAUUAGAUACGGUCUGUAUUUUUCAAUAUAAAAACCUGGAAUA